AUGGAUGCUGAUCCUAUGGAUGUUGGCCCCAUCAGUGCUGCUUUAAUGGGUUCUGGUCCAAUGGAUCCUGGUACCAUGACUUCUGGGUCUAUGGAUGUUUGUCCCAUGGGCACUGGAGCCAUGGAUAUUGAUGCCAAAGAUGUUGGUGUCAUGGAUGCUAAAGCCUUCUUUGAUAAAUCGGCAAUUUUCUUUGCGAACAGAAAGCGCAUUGACCAAAUGUCCCAAGAACUAGCCAAUGAUCCAAUGGUAGACAGUAAGGAGUACAUCGCCAAAAAGAAGAGCUUGGAGGAAUUGAAAACAACUAAUGCCGUGGUUCUCGCUGAAAUGGACGCAAUUAGCAACUACGAUCCACUCAGAGCAGUAUUCAGCAUUGAGAAGCUUCGUGAACAUGUGACAAACAACACUUUCUUCAAACAUGGCGCUCCACAAGAGCCUUGGCAGUCUGAUUUGCAAGACUUGGUGAAAAAAUCCAUUGAAGAAAUGCCAUGGAGAGAGGAUGCUAUGCAGAAACCAACCAUUGUUGAUGCCGAAGCACCUGGAACUUCCGAUGCUGGAUGUUUUGAUGCCGGGAAUUUCAAUGAAGUAGUUGUAACUUCAAAUUCUAACUUAGAAUGCUCUAAUGGUGGGGGUUCUAAAGAAAUCGCAAGAAGCUCCAGUGCUAACGUCAAACUUUCUGAUGUAAGGAAUUCUGAUGCUCUUGCCGGCACUUCUGAAGCCGGACCUUCCAAUGCACCUGUCGAGAGCUGCAGUGCCAACGUCGAAGGCUCCAAUUCUGACGUCGGAACUUCUAGUGCUAACGUCGAGGGUGCUGAUGAGGAAAUGGUUGAUGUAGUUUCCGACGUAUUCUGA